AUGGACCCAGCCAGCAAGGCACUCGCCCCGCGCGCCGCCGACGGCGCGACCUGUCCCAAGGGCACCUCGCUCUACAAGUGCGACGGCAACGACUUCUCCGGCUGCUGCUCUGUCGACCCGUGCGACCUGCGAACCUGCCCGGACGGCGACGAAGCGUCGGCGUCGGCGCCAGUCACGUUGCCGAACCUCCUGACCAGUACCACCACCAAGUCGACCACCAAGCACACCUCCAAGACGACCGAGAAGAGCACGAGCACCGAGGAAGCAUCGUCCACCUCUUCGGCGGCCGCGAAAGACACUCCCACGAGCACAAUCACGGCGUCGACGUCGAAGCGCACAGACUCGGGCAUCACGCACACCAUUCCCAACUCGUCGGUCGUUACCGUGACGCGCCACACCACAAUCUUCUCCGAGGCGCCCUCUUCGACUGAGACUCCGUCUUCGACCGAGACUCUGCUUUUUAGUGAACCCCCUUCCUUCACCACGCUGCCCGCCGACCAGUCCACGGGCAUCGCAUACGACACCACGACCGCCACACCCGCCGCGAGCUCGUCCCCGCCCGCGGCCGACGGUACAGCUGGCAGCGUCUCUUCCGGAACCAUCGUCGCCGUGUCCGUGGGCGGCGCGGCUUGCGCAGCCAUCAUCAUCGUCCUCAUAUGGGGCAUGCUCCAGCGGCGGCGCAAACAGAGACUCCUUGGCGAGGCGCAGACUCCCCCGGACUUCGUCCUGAGCGUGGCAAGCAGCGGCCAUGGGCCUAGUCGAGACGACGGUUCCGCGGCUGAAAAGUACACACGCCCGUCCCAGCACAUGCCUUCCCACGGAAUGGGCAGGCCAGCCAACGCCGAUCCUUUUGCCCCGUUUGGAGCGUCGCAGGAAGGGUAG